AUGGCUCUGCUGAAGGUUCUGCUGCUGCUGGGGCUGGGUGUUUCAGUGAACUCAAAUGUUUCUCUGCAGAAGAGAAUCAUUGGAGGCCAUGAUUGUGAUGACAGGGAGCAUCUUUAUCAUGUUCGGAUUAAGAGCAGCAAUCAUACUACAAUAAGACUGUGUGGAGGAUCUCUGAUCGACGCUAAGUGGAUCCUGACUGCAGCUCACUGCUGGGAGUCGGAGGCAGGGUGGAUUAACGUAGCAAUGUUAAACGUUCAUCCAAGGAGGGCUAAACAGCAGACCCAUGUAAUCCAAUACGAUCCGGUGAUUUAUACUGACCAGGGCCAAAAGCAUGAUAUCAUGUUGCUGAAGCUUCGGAGACCAGUAACAGAUGUCCCACCUGCUCAGCUACCAAGAUGCCAGAAUCGUCCUAAAAUAGGCGAUACAGUUCAGCUGGCAGGAGAGGGAGGAACGACAACCGGCCCCAAUUAUGAGCGAAACCCCAAUAAUCGUAUUCCAAAACAUCUUCAGUGUGUCAAUAUGAAUGUUGUUCUGGAUACCCACUUUAGACCAACAUGUGGGAAAACAUUUCUUACUGACGCACAAAACAAGGAUAUAUGUCUUGGCGACUCUGGUUCAGCAGUGGUGUUCAACGGGAUGAUUUAUGGUGUGAUUGUUGAAUGUGGAACAAGCUUUACAUGUCUGAUACCAUCUACAAUCAUAGAUGUUUGCGAAUACAUGGAUUGGAUAAAACAAACAACUGGGCUUAAAUAA